AACCGAGCUCCUUGGGAGACUGACGUUAACUUCUCGCUUCCGGAUGACACCUCGAACUCUCCUCAUACUCCCCUUCCGUCAGAAGUUGACGGUGAAACCAGGGCAUUCGUGGAGGAGAUGAACGACAAUUGGGAUCAGAGACAAUUGGCAAUAUCGUCAGAAGUUGAUGAUAUUGCCAAGAAAAAUUUAAAUGAGAGGUCCAUUUAUUGUUUAGAGAAUAUGGGGAAGGAUUAUAAGGUUAAGAAACAGAGAAUACAUGCGGGAUUGUGGGUGAAGGAGAUUGAGAAGAUGGAGGAAGCCAAGCUUGGAGUUGGCGGCAAUGCUGAUGAUAUCGAAAAGUUGCUGGAUAGCGCCUCCGAUAUCAAGUA